AUGGAGGAAGGUGCAGUCUCAAAUGCCUUGGUGUACCCUUCAACAGUAGCAGAAUGGCAGUGUGAAAAAUGCACAUACCUGAAUAAUCCUCUUUAUUCCGUGUGUGCUGUUUGUGGCUUUGAACAAACACAGAUAGAAAGUACCUUUACGUGUAUCUCCUAUCCAGGUUCGCUGCCAGCCAAUGAUUUGGAGGAAGAUUCUGUACGGAGAGAAUUACCACCAGUACCCGACCUUCCCCCGACAGAAACAUCUGAAAAUGAAUACUUAAACGAUGAAAUUCGUAUUAUACUCGUUGGAAAGACGGGAUCAGGAAAAAGUGCCACAGGAAAUUCCAUUCUUGGCAAGAAAGAGUUUGAAUCUGAUGUCUCGAAUUCUAGCAUAACGAAACUCUGCAAACGAGGAUCAGCCAAACGGUUUGGACGAGAACUUUUAGUGGUGGACACACCAGGCCUAUUUGAUACCGGCAUGACAAAUGAUGCUAUUACAACGGAAAUCCUGAAAUGUGUUGGAAUAAGUUCACCUGGACCACAUGCCAUUUUGCUAGUGAUAGGUAUUGGUAGGUUUACGAAGGAGGAAAAAGAAACUGUGGAAUUGCUGCAAAGGUCAUUCGGUCCAAGCAUGUUAAGAUAUCUUAUUCUCGUUUUCACGAGGAAGGAUGAUCUUGAUCGAGGUCGAAAAUCUAUACAGCAGAUACUUAAGGAUGCCCCGCCUUCUUUACAAGAUAUAAUAAGAAGUUGUGAAGACAGAUUCUUUGCCAUCAAUAAUACGGAGGAAGAUAUGCAGAACAUGGACCAACAAGUACAAGAUCUUCUGCAAAUGAUUGAAACCAUGGUGAAGAAAAAUGGAAAUAAAUAUUACAGCAGUACUAUCUUUGAUCGAACAGAAUUGGUAAUCAGGGAACGCGAAAGAGAAAUUAGGCAAAGAUAUGAAGAGCAGAAUAGACAAGAAUUACGCGAGAUGAAGCGAAUGAUCUCCAUGGAGUUUGAUCACAAGAAUUCACAUUUUAGAGAAAGAGAAAAGGCACUGCUUGAAAAGCUUGAAAGAUUGGAGAAUCAGCGAUCGCACGAGAUGAAAUCAAUGGCUGAAAAUCUUAGAACACUUCAAACAGAGAUGGACAAUUUAACCAUGGAAGCUGUUCCAGAAAGUUUUGAUGAGGAAGAAAACUGCAAGCUUAUCAAUGUACAGCAAAAGAUCAUUGAUGUCAAAAGACAUUUAGAGGAAGUUAGGCAGGAACAAGAAGACAUGAUGCUAUAUGAAGAUAUAGAGGAGAUUCCGGGUUUGGGAUACAGACAUGAAGAAGAUUUUAAAAGAGUUGUAAGAGAAAACGUCCGAGACGAAAUUGAACGUGGUGACAAGAACAUUUUGAAGAAAUUUUGGAAAAAUAUCAAAGACGCUGGAAAGGGGUUAGUCACAAAAUUCCAAGAAAUAUUUGAGCUAAUAAAAGGAAAAGCAGGCUUUUUCUAAGCCUUUGACAAUAAGAUUCUCUUAUACUGAUCAUACGUGAACACAAAAGAAUGCUGAAUAAUGUUGCCCUUAUUCUAAAUUGCGGAGCAGUAACUUCACUUAAAAAAAAAUAAAUAUUACUUAUGAAUAAGAAAAUACAUUUUAAUGGAGAGGUGAAGGUAAAUUUUGUGAUGUUUACCACACUCUGUUUGCAAUUGUCAAUGUUACAAUUAAUAAGAGCGUGGCAAGGAUGCCUCUUCUAACUUGUAAAUA